CCAAUGGGAAGGCCAGUGCGGGGGGGUACAGCUCACGGGGAGCGUAGGCGGCGAAAUGAAGACAGGUGUAGCAGAGAGCCAAUGGGAAGCCGCGCACGGAUGACGUCUGAAACCAGUCUUGCAGAAAAGUCGGAGUGGAUGUUGGAUGACUAGAACCCCAGACCACACAGGGCAUGGUGGGGCUGGAAGUCUUAGCCAUGGCCAGUCAAGAGAAACCUCUGGAGGAUGAUCUCCCAUGUUGACCAGUGGUUGGAAGAAGGGAAUGUGCACUGAGAUGAGGAGACGCGGCCACUGAAUCUUGGACAACCUAGAAACCUCACAAGCAUCAAGCCCGCAGAAGAAUCUCCAAAUCCCAGAACCUCCCUUUCCUGGCAUCCUAGAAUUUAAAACCUGAGACUACUGGGAUCACAGAAACUGCGAGUUUCAAAGUCUAGCACUAAGGAAACAGCUCUCUGAUCUUCAGCAAAUUGGUCUGCUACUCUUUGCCUUCAUUUUCUCCAUCUGUCUAACAGCGAUACAGUAAUGAUAAUAAGAUGGACUGCAGAGGGCUCUGGUGAGGAUCGGACACAACUGAUUGUGAGAAAUAUUCAGUGCCGAGUAUGGCGUGAGGAAAUUCAGGAUAAAUGUCAGCCACCAGGAUGAUAGGUGAUAUUUGGAAAUCUAAAUCCUUGGAAACUGGGGCUUUUGCAAGUAUAAAAUCACAGAGUCUGAGCACAUCAGAAGCAUCAGCUAUGGUGUUCAUGACAGGAGAGUCCCAGUGUCCCAAGGAGCCUCUGGGUUUCAUUGUGAGAUUUAAUUCAUUCUACUAGGGGCCACUGGGGACCUUCCCGGUAGAGUGGCCACUGGAUCAGACCUCUAAAGCUCUGGGACAUAAUGAAGUGAGACUUUUCUGCCUUCCCUAACUCAGUGGUUCCUUGUGAGAUCAGGGAGUUAGUGAUGCUCAGACUCCUCAAUUCUGUGAAUGGGUGGGGAGGUAGGGAUGGACUUCCCACUUUUUUUUUUCAUGAAAUACCUAACAUCCCCCUCACGCUCUGUGAGAAAGAGGGCUGCAGGGGUGUUCAAAGCUCCCUGUCUCUGGACAGCACAAAUAAUGGUAAUCAUAUUAGUUAUACCUAAGAGGAAAAUGAAUCCUGAAGCAAGGUGAAGCCUCUGGAAACAGGGUUCUGUUUUUUUCUCUUUCCCUAAUGUUUUCUGUCCGCACAUAAGACUUCACAUUCCUUCUUAACCCAGACAGCCUCAGAUAUACUGUCCCACACAGAAUAGUAUCUCUGGUGCCUCAGGAUGCCUCUGUGAUUUGAAUUCUUUUCUUUUAUUUUUUUUUUUCUGACUCUAUACACCUUGGCUUAAAAAACUGUGUUUUCUCAUGAGCCCUGUUAUCUCAUUGAUACCUCUCACCUCUGUGGUGAGGGGAAGAAAUCAUAUAUUCAGAUGACUCGUAAAGGGCAAAGAAAAAACCCAAAAUUUCAAAAUUUCCGUUUAAGUCUCAUAAUCAAGAAGAGAAGAAGCAGAGCAGAGAGAGAGAGAGAGAGAGAGAGAGAGAGAGAGAGAGAGGAGAGAGAGAGAGAGAGAGAGAGGAGAGAGAGGAGAACUAUGAGAACCCACCCCCCGUGAUUAUCAGCAUAUACACUCAUCGAAAUUGGAUUAUUAGAAGAGAGGUCUGUGGCUUCCACGCCGUGGUUUUUCUUCUCGGUAUAAAAGCAAAGUUGUUUUUGAUAUGUGACAGUUUCCCACAAGCCAGGCUGAUCCUUCUGUGUCAGUCCACUUCACCAAGACUGCCCUUGGACAAGGACCCAAUGCCCAACCCCAGGCCAGCCAAGCCCUCUGCCCCUUCCUUGGCCCUUGGCCCAUCCCCUGGAGCCUCGCCCAGCUGGAGGGCUGCACCCAAGACCUCAGACCUCCUGGGGACCAGGAUCCCAGGAGGAACCUUCCAGGGUCGGGAACUCCGAAGUGGGAUCCAUGCCUCUUCCUCCUCCUCCUUGAACCCCCUGCCAACAUCGCAGCUGCAGCUGCCCACAGUGCCCCUAGUCAUGGUGGCACCCUCCGGGGCAAGGUUGGGCCCCUCGCCCCACUUGCAGGCACUUCUCCAGGACAGGCCACAUUUUAUGCACCAGCUCUCCACAGUAGAUGCCCACGCCCGGACCCCUGUGCUACAAGUGCGCCCACUGGAAAGCCCAGCCAUGAUCAGCCUUCCACCACCCACCACCACCACCGGGGUCUUCUCUCUCAAGGCCCGGCCCGGCCUGCCACCUGGGAUCAAUGUGGCCAACCUGGAGUGGGUGUCCAGAGAGCCAGCACUGCUCUGCACCUUCCCAAGCCCUGGCACACCCAGGAAGGACAGCACCCUUUUAGCUACACCCCAGAGUUCCUACCCACUACUGGCAAAUGGUGUCUGCAAGUGGCCUGGAUGUGAGAAGGUCUUCAAGGAGCCAGAAGAUUUCCUCAAGCACUGCCAGGCAGACCACCUCUUGGAUGAGAAGGGAAGGGCACAGUGUCUCCUCCAGAGAGAGGUGGUGCAGUCUUUGGAGCAGCAGCUGGUGUUGGAGAAGGAGAAACUGGGCGCUAUGCAGGCCCACCUGGCCGGGAAAAUGGCACUGACCAAGGCUCCAGCUACGGCAUCAUCUGACAAGGGCUCCUGCUGCAUGGUAGCCACUAGCACCCAAGGAAGUGUUCCAGCCUGGCCCAGCCCUCGGGAGGCAUCUGACAGCCUGUUUGCAGUGCGGAGGCACCUCUGGGGCAGCCAUGGAAACAGCACAUUCCCAGAGUUCUUCCACAACAUGGACUACUUCAAGUUCCACAACAUGCGGCCCCCUUUCACCUAUGCCACCCUCAUCCGCUGGGCCAUCCUGGAAGCUCCUGAGAAGCAGCGGACACUCAAUGAGAUCUACCACUGGUUCACACGCAUGUUUGCCUUCUUCAGAAACCACCCUGCCACCUGGAAGAAUGCCAUCCGCCACAACCUGAGCCUGCACAAGUGCUUUGUUCGAGUGGAGAGUGAGAAGGGGGCUGUGUGGACUGUGGAUGAGUUUGAGUUCCGCAAGAAAAGGAGCCAGCGGCCCAGCAGGUGCUCCUACCCUACCCACAGCCCCUGACCUCAAAACCAAGAAGAGGAAGGAUGGACAGGAGCCAAAAUGGGGGGCAGAGGUGCCCAGGGCAGGGGUGGCAGACCUUGGACAUGCCCACAGAGACCAAAAAGUGAGAUGUCUACUGUCUUGCCUGCCAGGGCCCCUGCUCCCCAGCUGGCUGCCAUCCCAGAUCAUUUCUUCUGCACCAAGGCUGCUGGGAGGGGCCCCAAGACCAGCCCAGCUCCCACUCCCAUUCAAAUCCCCCAGUCAAGUUCUCCAGCCAAUCAGAGGCCUCCCAACUAGCCAUACAUACAGCCUGUCUCAGCCACUCUCACCUCAGGGGUGGGAGAAAGUCACACAGACACAGUCACUAUCCUGUCCCCCCGUAUUCAACAUAAACCCUAAAUCACAAAUCCCGCCUUAGUACAUUCAAACAUCCUCAAAGCUGCAUAGUUACACAUCACACAUGAGUGCAGCCCUGUCAACCUGAAAGCACAUACCCACUGCCAGUCUCUGGGCCCCCAAGUUCAGGGUCACACAAGGGUGUUCCCAGAGCCCCGCACAGAAGUAGCGAUCAGUACCCUCAGGAUAGCAGGUUCCAGAAUGUCACACACACACACACACACAACUGGUCAUACACAGGCUUAUGCAGCGCCUAACACAUGUGCUCACUCACACAAAGUCUGUUGGAUUUGCCCGCGUAUCUCACAUGUGUGCUCACUCAGCCCCCCCCCCACCUCCGGUAUCUCCCAAGUCCCAUGAAGACACACAACAACUGACAAAAAUGU